CGCUGCGCGGUGGAUCGGCCCAGCCGCGCGCCCCUCCCGGCGCGGCCGGGAGCGCCUGUACCACGGCAGCGGCGCGGGGGGGGCGGCCGGGCCUCGGGACGGAGCGCGCCCUCCCGGAGGCGGUGGCCGCGCCCGCGGUGACGGGGCGCUCUCUGGUCUUGUCUCGCAGGCCCGCGGAGGUGGCGGCGGCGGCAGCACCGGGCGGGCCCCAGCCAUGGCCGACGACCUGAAGCGGUUCCUGUACAAGAAGCUGCCGAGUGUUGAAGGUCUUCAUGCUAUUGUAGUCUCAGAUAGAGAUGGUGUGCCUGUUAUCAAAGUUGCCAAUGAUAAUGCUCCAGAACAUGCACUGCGACCUGGCUUUUUGUCCACCUUUGCCCUUGCCACAGAUCAGGGCAGUAAGUUAGGACUCUCUAAAAACAAAAGUAUCAUCUGCUAUUACAAUACAUACCAGGUGGUGCAGUUCAAUCGCUUACCUUUGGUAGUGAGUUUCAUUGCUAGCAGCAAUGCCAAUACAGGGUUGAUUGUAAGUUUGGAGAAGGAGCUCACGCCCCUGUUUGAAGAACUGAGGCAGGUUGUUGAAGUUUCUUAACCUGAUGGUAGAGCCAGAGUGCAGCAUUCCUCUGCAGCCCAGUGGACAGAAAGAUUCAAUAAUCGUCAGUCAAAUAACACGUCUCGGAAGAAAUACCACAGCUCCUUAGUAUACUAAGUAAGAGUAAAUUGUACAUAGUACUGAAUCUGAAAUGAUCUACUAGUGUGUUGUAGGUGGAUGUUACUUUAGGCCAUGCUUCUUGUAUCGUGCAGUACUGGAGAGCCCACCAAAAUAGCUCCCAUGGAGUUUAGCUCAGCCAGCUUAGCCAGGCUGGUGCCAUGCCCUUGGCUCAAAGGAGCAGCCCCCAGAUCUCUUGCUUUACAGGGCACCAGGCACAUGGCAGGGGGUGUCCUCAGCCACCACUAAAAUAGCAGAACAGGUGGAGAGAGUGAGCAGAGAUGUGGUUGGAGGCAUUGUGAGGGCAGGUGUGUUAGCAGUGAUGUGUCGGUACAAUCAGUCAAUAUCCCAGCUUUCUUACACGGGGUGUACUUUGGCAGGGGAGUGCUACUAAUCUGGAUGCUAGCUGCAUCCUGCUUCCACUAGGAAGAGAGCUGUUUCUAUGGAAGCUGUUGCUUUAGGGAUUUUCAUGAUGCCUAGCUAAAAGCACCCAAAUAAUGUCUCACUUCUUCAUGGGUUUCUUUUGUGUAAUAUGGUUGUGGAGAUCUCAUGUCUUAUAGUCUUUGUGUGGGUUCAUCACUGGUGACACUCUCAGUUUAUUUACCCUUAGGUUUUCUUAAGUAAAUAAAUAUAAAUAAAAUACAGUAUUUUUAAAUGACA